ACUGUGGUACAGUUAAUCAAGAAAACUUUGAAGGUGAUGAAACAUCAUUAUUAAUUUUGUGGAAGUACGUGCUUUAUAGACUUGUCGAUAAGUUUUGGUUUGCAGUAAUGUUUUUAUGACAAACGUUGUUUCAAACUUCGGUUUCCGUCAAACGGCCACUAAGCUGCCUUCAUUUUGACUGCAUUAGACAGAUUUCGCAGCUGUCACCAACAAUGGCAUUUAAUGAGGCAACCAAGGAAAUCCCUCGAAAAUUCAUUAGUACGGAGAAGAACCAUGCCAGAGUUCUCAGCGAUGAUGCUACAGUACAGGAAGCCAGGCUAGUUGUUCUCCCCGGAGAACUUUUCCAUUUGGUGUGCACUACCGAUGACAACCAGCCUGGACAAGAAGCACUUUUUCUUAUGUCACUGGAUCGUGCCAGUGUGUUAAUGGAAACCGAUACGAGAUUCGUGCGAGAAAUUUCCAAUUAUAUGGCGGAACUGCUGUUGCCCGUGGAUCGGCCGAGACGUCUUGGAUUAUUGAAUGAACAUCGUCAAAAUCUGCGACUGGAGGAGUUCAUGCAGGUGGAACCGGGGACCGGUGUGACUGUCUCCUUUGACAAUAUGCCAUUUCCUGGCGUCGUUUACUGUCAUGGGCUAGUGCCAGAAAAGGGGCCGGGAAUAUGGUUCGGUGUUUGGUUGAUUCAUCAUGCUGGCCAGGGCGAUUCUGACGGUUCCGUUAGCGGAAAACGUUAUUUCACUUGCAAUCCAGAUUGUGCGGUGUUUGUAACGGUGGCCGAUGUGGUUCUGCGGAACGAAUCAAACAGCAGCUCUGAUGGUACUCGUCUCGCGAUAGGGGAGCGUUCACCACAGAAUCCUUCGCCGCAGUGCAAUACCAAUGCUCUCGCCCUCGGUGGAAAUUCGCCUGGAAAACGAGGACAGUCUCCCACGGAGUCGAAAAGUAUCGUAAACCUGUUGCACGGUGCCGUUAAUGUUGCAGCCAAUGCGAUCGGAUUCCAUAAAGGAAGCCAGUCUCCUCGUUCGGAAUUUUCCAGAAGCCAAGUUUUCGUUAAUUCUAAUCUGGCGCCUAAAGCCUCGACAAGUAUCCCUUCGCCGCCUGUAUUCCAGAGUUCCGGAGCGGUGCCUGCGAAUCCUUCGGUUGAUUGUGUGCCGUUUAAGUUGAAUGACCGGGUUUGUUUCCUGCAGGAUAAGGGCGACCCGGAAAUUGCCACAGUCAGAUGGAUCGGCUGGCUUUCAAAAGAACCUGGAAGCGAUUUAUACGCAGGGAUUCAGUUCGAUAAACCAGUUGGUAGUGGAACAGGACAAUUCAAUGGAGAUCAGAUUUUUGUAACCCCACCGAACCAUGCUGCUAUUGUUCCUGUAAUAUCUUUGUUAGCCUAUGAGGAAGCCCAGGAGCGGGCUCACGCACAAUCCUGCCCUUUAAGAGUACAGCCGCAGAUAGUGAAGAAACCCUCUUACAGUGAAUGUGCAAAUAGACCACCCCAAAAUUCUCACGCAGGAUUGCCUUCGUUGGAAAAUGCGGCCGAUGCAUCUAAGCGCUCAGUACAGCCCGCUGCAGUUUCUUCUUUAUCAAGCCAGGAUGUCUCGAAGCCGUCGUCUGGACCAAAUCCUCGAUUAAAUUCAAAACCAUCGCAUCCGGUGCCGCAGUUACACCCAGCUUCUUUGCGUCGCAUCGAUGACCGGAUCUGCAGUGGUAGAGCACGUGGUAUCCAAGGCCACAGAAAUUCCUGCUAUGUGGACGCCACCUUAUUCAGUAUGUUUGCAUUUACUGAUGUCUUCGACGAGAUUUUGCACCGGCCUAGAAGAAAGCGCGACAUCCAUGGUUAUGACGAAGUCCAGUGCGCUCUCCGUGAAGGAAUUGUCAGUCCACUUCGGAACACCAUGUAUGUGCCGUGUGUAGAUGUAAUGCGACUGCGGGAACUGAUGGAUGAGUUCGGAAAUGUAACCGGAUUGACCGAUGAAGAGCGUGAUCCGGAGGAGUUUUUGACGUCGUUGUUCCAGCAAAUCCUUAAAAUUGACCCUUUGUUAAAGUUAACAACGGGCGAUUGUAACUGGUACACACUUUUUGUUGAAAAGGACCAGAUGCACCUCAUCCCCACUGUGCAGCAACUAUUCGACGGAUCUUUGGUGACUUCCAGCGUUCGCUUUAAAGAGGUGCCUAAAUGUCUGCUGCUCCUGGCCCCGCGCUCGGGAACAGAGUACAAAAUGUACCGCUACAUUUAUCCCAGCGCAGUCUUGGAUAUCACCGAUGCGAUUGCCGGCUAUCCUCGACAGUGCUCGUUCUGUCAGGAAAAAGAAGCGGAAUUCGAAUGCAAGGAGUGCUAUAACUGGAUGCAUUUGGAGGGCGAGACUCGUUCGGCACUGAGCACAAUGGCUUUUUGUAAGAAGUGCUCCGCUAAACGCCAUCAGCGCUAUCCCAAGCACAAGCCUUAUAAGAUUCAGACCACUUUGGCACUGCUGCCACAAGAACAAGUGCGCAUGGAAUUGUUUGCUGUUGUAUGCAUCAAGGCCAGUAAUAAUAUUUACGUUUCCUAUGCCAAAGAUGGCAACAGUUUGUGGUAUCUCAUGGACUCCAUGGCCGAUCGAGAGUGCGGGGAAGGUGCUUGUGGCUCUAAUAUUCCUGAGAUUCGUGCCUGCCCGGACUUUAAUGAAUACUUGGAUCUGGAGUUCGGCCAUAAGCGGUUAAUGGAAUAUUUGGAACGCCAUCUUCAACCCCCCGAAUCUGUGCGGACUAUAUGCGAGGAUUGUUAUAUUUUCAUGUAUCAGCCUAUCGGUCUCGGUAGACUGGAUGCGGAAAAGGGACAAGCAAGCGAUGUAACAAAAAUGCAUAAUAAGGUACUGGAGUUGGAACGAAAACUGCAAGCACUACAGCAAGAGCAUCGGCGGGUGUGCGAGGAGCGGCACUGUAAAAUUUGCCUGGAUAAAAAUGUUGACGUGGCCUUUCAGUCAUGUGGACAUUUGAGCUGCAGCAACUGCUCACGAACACUGCAUGACUGCCCGGUCUGCCGCAAAUCUAUUUCGGCCAAAAUAAAGUUGUUUUUUAAUUAAAUACUGUUUAAUCCUCAAGUUUUUCCUUGUAAGAAAUAAUCUGACAUGUUCCUUUCCAUUAAUAAUGACUGAUUUAUUGAGUCUUUUGAUUUUUUCACGCGUGUAGCGGCAUUUGUAUUUCCUCAUGUAUUCCUGAGCUGCGCGGGUAAUUUUUUUAGUUUAUCUUUGUAAAGCAUUCAAUUUUUAAGAUAUGUUCGAUUCUCAAUAUUAGUGUUCACUUGUAUUACAUUUAUUUGUGUACGGAUUCCGGUUUGUA